AUGAAAGUCUCUGUGUUGGGUUUUUAUCUCGGUUACGUGCCAUAUAACAUUGCAUGGGAUCUUCAGAAGUCCAUCGUCAAACUACUGAAGUCUCUUGAUAAUCCUUCGGUGCAUUGUAUCUUACUUCUGGAACACUGUCCAGUUUACACUAUUGGUAUACGCCACACAGAUCCUAUGAAUGACUAUGGCGAGUAUGCCAUUAAACAUCUCAAACGUCUUGGGGCUGAAUUUGUUAGUUCUGAUCGUGGAGGUUUGAUUACGUAUCAUGGCCCAGGACAACUCGUAGCCUAUCCGAUAAUUAAUCUUCGGUGUAAAUCUUUACAAGGUCGUGGUUUAAGGUGGUACGUUGGGGCUUUAGAAGAAGCCGGAAUCAAACUGUGUUCACAAUUUGGUGUGACUACAUUUGCUGGUAAGGAUUCGGAGACUGGUGUUUGGUCUGAUUCUAGGCACAAAGUUAUGGCUAUUGAUAUUUCACUUGAUUGAUGAUACAUACUACUUAUAUGUAUAGACAGAACUAGCACAUAUCACACUAUCACUAAAUAAAUUGGAAAGGAAAUUCAAUCUUGACAAACACUUCACAUAAUGUAAAAUCAAACAAUCCAUAUUGAAAGUGUUUAUCACUAUUGGUCAGUAUAAUACACUUUAACUACUUAAUAUUAUUUCAAUAUUUUAUUUUAUUACGAUCAACUUAGAUUAAAUAUAAUGUCCAGAAAUAGAGCAUUAUCAAAUUGAACUUA